GCCAACAAAAUCCCAUUUCUAGAUCUAAUCUUCCCACUUGCCUGUGUUGUGCAACCUCUGUUGGGUCACCACAAUGUCUGAAUCAGCACCAAAACAAGAAGAGAUCAUGACAGAAGCUCAAAAGAACCAGGACCAGGAGCAAGUGGUGGUGAUUUCACAGAAAAAGCUCAAGAGGAGAAGAGUUUGUGUAAUGGUCACUGGGGCAGUGCUGUUACUGCUGAUUGUGGUAGUGAUUGUGGCAAUCAUCUUGGCCUUUACCUUGUUCAAGACCAAAGAGCCAAGGACUCAGCUUGUGUCUGCCACUUUGGAGGGUAUAAGUCCCCGUGUCUCAUUUCCUGCCAUUGACAUAAAGAUCAAUGUCACUCUUGAUCUCAAGGUCCAGGUUGAGAACAGAAACCGUGCUAGUUUCAAGCAUGAUGGGGGAAAGAGUGUGUUGCUGUAUAAGGGAAAAGAGGUUGGAGAGACAGACAUAUACCCUGGUUUGAUUCCUUCAAGGGGGUCUGCGAUACUACCAUGCAGACUCACACUUCAGGCAGAUGAACUAGCUUCCAACUUGACCAGUUUUCUCGGGGAUGUAAUUGGAGGAGAUAUCUCUAUGGACACCGUUACUAGGAUUCCUGGAAGAGUUACCUUCCUCGGAUUCAUCAAAAAACAUAUUGUUGCAAAGUCCUAUUGCCAAUUCACUGUUAGUUUUCCUGACUUCAAGAUUACAAACCAAAAUUGCAAGAGUAAGGCCAAGUUAUGAGCAGAUUCCUAGGUUAUAUAUAUACACAUAUGUGGUCGUAUUGAUAGUUCAGACUAUAGUUUGUCACUAUGAGAGGAGUGUUACAUAAAUAAUAGUUACAUACAUUUGUAUACAUGUUGAUUUUUAGUUUUAUGCUUGUCUCUUGGAAGUUAGUUUCAGUUUUGUGAGUUUUGAGAACACUGUUUCCUGGAGUACUAUUUAUAUGUUGUGCUUGUUAAUUCUGUUCUUUGAAUAGAGAUCAUGAAAAAAGGGAAAAUGUUCUUGAAUGAAAGAGGUCUGCAAUCUUGUUUUUA